UAAGUCAGAAAGAUGUGGCCAUAUGAACAGUUAUCCGCAGCGGCUCGUGGUAGCAUCAUCGCUAGUGCGCUAGUCAAUCAAGCAAAUCAAGUUUUGUCAGGCAUUUCGCAAACAGAUUCCAACGACAAUUUGAAAUAACAUACGUGUGCCAUGGAAUAUUGGUCGAUACUGUUAUCAAUCGUGAUUGGUGUACUUGGCAUCCAUUAUCUGUUUAGAAAUUACAAUUUCUUCAAAAGACACGGUGUCAUUCAUAUACCGGCUGUUCCAAUAUUAGGAAACCUGACAUCGGUUAUAUUUCGCCGAAUAUCAUUCAUCGAUUACAUUCUCAAGAUAUACAAUUCUAAUCCAGAUGCAAAAUAUUUUGGAUUCUACGCCACGACAAAUCCAAUAUUUUUCCUUCGCGAUCCAGAAAUCAUUAAAUUUAUUCUUGUGAAGAAUUUCGACGGGUUUCCCGAUCGUCGCGGUUUUAAUGAUUUGAACGAAUCCUUGCUUUCCAACAAUCUGUUCUCCCUUCGCGGACAAAAGUGGCGGAACGUGCGAUCUCUAUUAAGUCCUUCUUUUACAUCAAGCAAGAUGAAAAUGAUGUUCACUUUGAUGUCGGAAUGCGCUGUGGACUUUACUAAUUUUCUGGCGACAUCUAUACCAUUGGAUAAUAGCGACAUGGAUAUGAAGGACGCCUUUGCUAAAUAUACAAACGAUGUUAUCGCCACGUGUGCUUUUGGAAUCAAGAUCAAUUCUGUGAAGGAUCCGACAAACAAAUUUUAUGUUUAUGGCAAUGAGGCAGUUAACUUCUUCAAGACUCGCCCCAUCAAAUUUCUUUUUCUUAGAACCUUUCCGACGCUCGGACGGAUUCUCAAUGUAAAACUUAUAGACAAUCACGUAUCGGAUUUUUUCAAAGAUAUUAUAAAAACCACUAUCGCCACUCGUGAUGCCGAGAACAUUACACGUCCGGAUAUGAUUCAAUUGAUGAUGGAUGUCAGAGGCAAAGAAGGUCGAAGAGAGCUUGAGCUCGACGAUAUGAUCGCGCAAGCGUUCAUCUUCUUCUUCGGUGGCUUCGAUACUAGCUCGACCGCAAUGUCCUUCGCAGCUCACGAACUUGCGGUUAACACAGAUAUUCAAAUCAAGUUGCAACAGGAAAUCGACAAGGUUCUCGAGGAAACGAACGGGGAAGUGACUUAUGAAAUUAUUAAUCGGCUCGAAUAUUUAGAUUUGGUGAUAAACGAGGUUCUCAGAUUAUAUCCACCAGCCUCUGUUCUAGAAAGAGUAUGCGAGAAAGCUUGUGAAUUUCCACCCACAUUACCAGGCGAGAAGCCUUUUAUUGUGAAAAAGGGUAUGACUUUUUGGAUUCCGGUUUUCGCAAUCCAUCGUGAUGCAAAGUACUAUGAUGAUCCGGAAAAGUUUUGUCCUGAAAGAUUUAUAGACAACAAAAUGUACCAUAACUCUUCGUACUAUAUGCCAUUUGGAUUAGGGCCGAGAAUGUGUAUAGCCAACAGAUUUGCCAUGCUAGAGGUGAAAAUCUUGCUGUUUCAUUUAUUAGCGCGAUGUGAGUUGAAACCAUGCGCGAAAACUUCAUUACCAUUAAAAUUCAGCAAGAAAAAUAGUUUGUUGUUAAUGCCGGAAGGUGGAUUCUGGUUAAAUAUUCAGCGCAGAAGCCACGUGCAUCCUGCGAUUAAAUUUACAACACCGGUUAACGAUAUUGCUAAUUUUUAGAAAACAUUUUAAAUAAAAAUAACAGCAAUUUUUACAAUUAUGCUAAUAAUAUCUAUUUUAUAAAUAAAACCUCAUAUUACACAAUCUUAUAAAUAUAUAUGUGUACAGCGUCACUCGGUUAUCUUACGUCUUUAUGCUAUAUAAUUUAUGUAAUUUUAUUAGAUUUACAUAUAAUUAUGCAAAGUUGCAUAAUAAUUAUUGACAAUUAAUGAUAGAGGAGUAAUAGUUUUUGUCACAGUUGUUUCACAACUUUACGUUGCGCAAUUUUUUAUAUUUAGACUUGGCAAUAAUUUGUAAAAUGAUUAUUACAGAAAUCGCGAUAUUGUUAUAAUCAUGAUAAUAUCAAAUCGUAAUAAUAUCAGCAAAUAAAUAGCGAUAAGAAAUGAAUUUAACGAACAAAUGCAUACUAAAAUGUCUUUAUAUUAGCAUUAUUUUCUAUAGGAUAAAUUUGAUUCGCAUACAAUUAAAUUAUAUAACUCUUUUCAUCCCUUU